AUGUCAAAUAACUCACGUCAAAACGGUUCAGAUUCCACUGCUCGUGCUGGUGGUGAAAACGGUCUUACACCAUCAGCAAAUUUAAAGCCUGUUCAAGUUAAACUAGUACUCCUGGGGGAAGCCGCAGUUGGAAAAUCUAGUCUGGUAUUCAGGUUUGUCAAUAAUGAAUUUCAAGAAAACAAGGAACCUACUAUUGGUGCUGCGUUCUUAACACAGAAGUGUCGCUUGGAAGAUAAAGUAAUUAAAUUCGAAAUUUGGGACACAGCCGGUCAAGAACGAUUCCAUUCUCUAGCUCCAAUGUAUUACCGUAAUGCUCAGGCUGCAGUAGUAGUUUAUGAUGUUACGAAGGCGGCCUCCCUUGACAAAGCCAAAUCUUGGGUUAAGGAAUUGCAACGUCAAGCGAACCCAAACAUUGUUAUUGCUCUUGCAGGAAAUAAAAUAGAUCUUGUACAACCUAAUGAAGAAGGAGAAGACGAUUCUGAAUCUGGACGACAAGUCCCGACUGAAGAAGCUAAAGCCUAUGCUCUUGAAGCCGGUUUAUUAUUUUUUGAAACUAGUGCAAAGAAAGGUGAUGGUGUACGGGAUGUAUUCACAGAAAUUGCUAAAAAGAUUCCUCUUGAACAUAUUAUCAGUCGCCCACGUCAAGUAAAUAACAAUAGUAACCAAAUAAACGUAAUCCAACCGCCAGGAGCUAAUAGAAAUAAUGGGGGUGGCCCUGCAAAAGAUUGUGCUUGUUAA